CGGGGCAGCAGGAUCAACCGGAUGCAAAGACUGUAUCAGCUUCCGGGUCAAAGGGUGUUCUUCCGGUAGACAGAGGGGCAGCUAACAAACACAAGGCUAGAGAAAAUCCGUGAACAUACCACAACAGCACACCUGUCAGAAGAAAAUAUGUUGAGGAGGAAACCGACUCGUCUGGAGCUGAAGAUCGACGACACGGAGGAGUUCGAGAGCGUCAAGAAGGAGCUCGAGGCCAGAAAGCGUCAGCGAGAGGAGGCGGAGUCAGGAGGGGGCGUCAGUGUUGACAUAAUCGGGGGUGGGGCCUCUGCCACAGUUUCUUCCUCCUCUGCCGCAUCGAGGGCGGAGCUUAUCAACGACCGAAUUGGCUACAAGCCCCAUCCCAAACCGGCCACGCUGCCGACCUUAUUUGGAAGUUUACAGUUUUAAUAAAAAUGUUUCAAUUGAACAAGAUUUGUUUGUCUCCGUUUUUUCAGAAAGUGAAAUGUAGUUUUGUGUUUCGUCAGGAUCAGCAGGUGGAAGUCAAACUUGGCUUGGAUGGACGUCCUGUAUUAUCACGUCAGGUUCAGUGUUGGCGGCCCAAUCUGAACUCAUCUCAGAUCUCUGAUUCGCCUUUCAGUAGAUGAUGAGUUAGAAGACAGAUUUAGUGAAGCUUUAAAUGUCUGCCACAGGAUUCUACUGGACACUUCUGUGCCACUGUUAGCCAACAUUAGCCUGCUAGCCGAUUAUGUCAGAAAUGUCACACAUCAGUUUGUUUGUAUUAUUUAUUUUCAUAAUAAAUGCUACAAUAAUAUUUUUAUAGAGUUUAAACAAAUAUAAAAGACAAACAGAAGAUUAGUGUUCAAAAUACAAAAACUAGAAGGAAAAAAACAAACUGUAAAAACAUCUUGAAUUUAUUUACAACAGUAUGUGGUGCUGAUAUCAUUAACAUUUUAUCAGAAUCAGAAUUACUUUAUUUAUUUAGGGGAAAUUCUUUAAAGCUCCACCCCCACUCAGUCCAGGAAGUGAUGUUAACCAAUCAGGACUCAUGAUUUAUUUAAACAUUUUUUUUUCUAAUUGCAGUGCAUAAAUAAUAAACCUUUUUUCUUUUCCAACUUUGUCUCAGUUACUAUGACAACCAGUGUAAGUGCUGAUGUCAUUUACUUAUUUUGAGAAGGAAAUGUUUUGGUGGUGUUUGAUUUGCUUUGCUUACAUUUUUCUUGCAUAAAUGU